AUGGUGAUUGAGCUGCAGAGCACCGAGGACGGCGGUGGUGUUGGCCGCAGCCACAUGGACAUACUGAGCACCGACGAGCUGGAGUGUAAGAUCUGCUACUGCGCGUACAACCUGGGGAGUCGCAGGCCAAAGGUGCUCGAGUGCCGCCACCGCCUGUGCGCCAAGUGCCUUGCCAAGAUCCUGGACCUGGGUGAGUCGCCUCCUGAUGUCGUGGUGUGCCCGUUCUGCCGCUACGUUACCAGACUGCCGGGGCAGGCCGUGAGCAGCCUGCCAGACGACUGCAACCUGGCGGCGGCACUGGCCCUCCAAAGCAGGAACCAGAGGAACCUCCACUUCCACCAGGAGUCGACCACGGAGCUGCUCCUCAGCCCCGGGCUCCUGAGCUCCCUCAUGGGUAGCAACCCACCUGUGACAACCCCUUCCUCCUCCUCGUCCGCUUCCUCCUCCUCCACCACCUACUCCUCCAUCCGGGGCUCCCCUAACUUUGUGGUCAUUACCAUCAUGGAGCCGCCACCACUGUUGCCUGCAUCCACCCAAGACCUCCACCUCCACCACCAGCCACGUGGAUCCCACAUGUCGAACCGGGGCUACCGCUCAUCCAGCCUGGACUCCAUGGCGUCCAUCACGCAGAGGUGGACGGUGUGGAACUGCGCGGCCCUCCUGUGCCAGACCUCGGCCCGGGCGCUGGUGUGGCUGCUGGGGCUGCUGUACUUCAGCUCGCUGCCCAUGGGGGUUUACCUGCUCAUCAUGCAGAGGACAACACUCGGGGUGCUGCUGGUGAGCCUGGUUCCCACCAGCCUCGUCAUGAUCAUGGUCUACGGGUUCUGCCAGUGUAUCUGCCACGAGCUGUGGGACUGCAUGCCACCAUAA